GAAUGCUAUUUGGAGGAUCUUUGGGACUGAAAAGCUUCCGCCCUUGAAAUGUAAUGCUUCUGCAUCUGAAAUUGUGAGAUGGAAGAGAAGUAAUGAGGUUGCCGAUUGCUUCUGCUCACUUUUUCAACAAAAUGAAAGUGGGGUGUAUUGGAUUGACAUGAUCACAAGGUCUGCCUUCUCUAUGGCUGUAGUAUCUGACUUGGCUCCUGAACAUUGUGCAUUUACAUUAGCAGAUAAUUUAAAUAAUAGAGGACCUUCUUAUAAAUCUGCCCAAGCAUUAAUGGAAAGUGAAUAUGAAGGCUCUUCAAUACAAAUUUUACAAGAUGAGCUAGAUGAUUUGUUUGGG